CCAAAAAUCUCCGGACCAAUCAAAAGAGAGAACUGGAUUUUUAACACGUCGCCGGUUCAGUGAAGUUUGGCUGGAGACGAAUCCUCAUUUUGGUUGUUCUUUUUAAAAGGUAAAUAAACAUGGCAAUGCCGACAUGGGAGAGAAAAGUGCGCACAUUCCUCUGCGUUUUGGGUUUGUUUUUGUCUGCGUACGCGCUUCACGUCGAGCUGUCCCGGGAGAGGGACCCGGAUUACAGGGCGAUGUGCGACCUGGGGGAGUCCGUGAGCUGCUCCAAAGUCUUCACCUCCAGAUGGGGACGAGGUUUCGGCUUGGUCCAGUUCUUUGUGGCCAAAGAUAGCCUCCUGAAUCAGCCCAACAGUGUGCUUGGCCUCCUAUUUUACACUCUGCAGAUGGGCCUGGGUCUGUCUCUCUCCAAAGAGGCAGCAGCGCUCUUGGUGCUCUCCUCCUGGGUGUCUGUGGCCGGAUCGCUCUAUCUCGCAUCUAUUCUUACCUUUGUUCUGGGGGACUUCUGCAUGGUCUGCGUGUCAACAUAUGUUGUCAACUUUGCGUUGCUCUACACCAACCUGAGACGUAGGACGGCAGUGGAUGGGAUGAAGGAGAAGGAGGGAUAGAAAGUGACACUUCAAAAAUAACUUUGGUGCUAAGCUGAAGGCACAAAUGAGAAAAGCAAGUUCUCUCAGAAAAAAGGAGAUAUGAUUUAAAUCAAAGGCUUCGAGAAGGAAUGUGUAUUUGUGAUGCUGUGACAUGUUUAUACACAUAAAUACUACCUUCAGUUCUGCCUCAUUUAGA